AUGGCCGUUUUGUCUUUCAAGCAUGGCCUGCACCCGGAAAGUAAGUUGAGACAAUCACUUACCAAGCGCUCGGCCACAACAUUAACAGACUUGCAUGCCAGAAUUGAGCAAUACGCUCGCCUCGAAGACGAUCAGAUCCCCAUUGAGGUGGCGUUAGCAGAACAAACAGCUUGGCAUAAGAAGAGAACAGAUCGAGGAGAACACAGAGGGAUUGUAGUGAAUAAAGUGGAUAAGUCCAAAUCCCACGAAGUCGUCGUAAUUGUGUUCAAAGAGCCAAUUUAUCGAAUCCUAGAAAAGAUCAAUAGAGAGCCCUUAUUUGUUUGGCCGCCGAAAAUGUUGGGAGAUCCGGCUCGGCUCAAUCAGAAGCUCAGAUGCACUUACCAUCAAGACAGGGGGCACACGACUCAGAACUGUAGAGCACUGAAACAACACUUAAAAGACUUAGUAGCAGCUGGGCACCUUCAAAAUUACAGUGAUCAGGAUAAGGAAGUGACCAAACCGGGGAACCCACCACUAGAACCAACUAUUGAGCAUCCACCUCGGCUGAUAAUAAAUAUGAUCUACAGGACAGCGACUCAGGAACCUGAGGAGACACUGAGAGAAGAGAUUGUUAAGGCUGUGCAAAUCUAA